AGAGGGCGCAGGGACUCGGGUUCAAGGGCACGGGAAGCUGUACUCUCUGCAGCCCGGUACUGCCUCUUUAAAACAUUUUCCUGUUCGUGGGAAGUUUCUGAGACGAGCUGACACGGCUCCUGAUAAGCUGGUUCGGGUUAAUUUACUGGAAAUCAAAACCAAACCGACAUGUCCGCAGGUUCACCCCCCGCUCCCGGUGCCCCUGGCACAGCCGCAGCAUCCGGCAGCAACCGCCGUCUCCAUCAGACACAGGCCCAGGUGAACGAGGUAGUGGACAUCAUGCGUGUGAACGUAGACAAAGUCCUGGAGCGAGACCAGAAGCUGUCGGAGCUGGACGACCGCGCGGACGCACUGCAGGCCGGGGCCUCCCAGUUCGAGACCAGCGCGGCCAAGCUGAAGAGAAAGUACUGGUGGAAGAACUGCAAGAUGUGGGCUAUACUGAUAGCUGUUGUCCUGGUUAUCAUCAUUAUCAUUAUCAUUUGGAGCCAGGUGUAGGGAGCGUGCCUGGAGGAACGAAGCCUAGAAGAGGAGAGAGAUGGGAGGAGAAAGAGACCACAACUCCCAGCACCAAAAUCCUUCUAACUGCUGUAUUCCAGAGCUUUGUAAAAAAAAUGAACAGGCUUUUUUUUCUUUUUUUUAAAUUAUUAUUAUUAGUAUUAUUAGUAGUAGUAUUGUUUUGGUGAUUUAUUGUUCUUUUUGCAUGUAAAAACGUUUCUAAACCUCCUUAUCACAGGGGCUGGGGGGUGAUUAAGCACGGAUUAGUCACGGCAGCUGUUAAUAAGAUCCGGCCACCGCGCUCCACGCUCCUCCACCAGCACCUGCCUGCCUGCCUGCCUGGUAGAGCAGACAAGCAGUGGAGAGAAGACUCGUGGAGCUCAGUGUGGCGCCUGCUUUCGUGCCAUGUUGGUUUGGCCUUCUUUUUUAAAAUUUCAAAAUUGUUCCGAGUUAACGUGCCAAAAAAACACAGCCCUUGUGACCUCAGCUCCCUGUCCGCCUGUGCC